GCCACCACAUGCGCCAUUUUCCUUUUCGAGGAGCAAACAACUGAGGAAACACCAUUGCUGAACAUCGCUCUAUUGGCCGAAAUGGCAGUGUGAAAGUGCCGCGACUCAGCAGCCAACAAAACAGUGCAUCCAGCCAGUGCACUGAGUUACUUCUAAUUCAGCAACAUGUCGUCCUACGUGGAAACCCUCAGCACUGCUGCAUUCGACAGCAUAAAAGAGUUCGAGACUUUACUAUCAUCGAUACGCACUCCAUUCGUGACCAACAACAGCCACUAUGACCAUGAUGAUGACAAACUCACAGUUUGGCCUGGAAGACAUGGAGGCCCUUCUCUGGGGACCUUCCUCUCCCAUGGCUGACGCCGAGAGCUUCCUAUCUUCAGGCCUUGAGCAAGAAAAUCAGGAAGGAGGAGGAACCUCAUUGGAGGGGGACGCUUCACCAGUGUCACCCCUAACCUCCUCAUCACUGUCCUCUUCCUCCUCUCCUCCUCCCUUUUACUCUCCUCCUCCCUCACCUCCAGCCGUCCUCCUCCAGGGGGACAAAGCUGGGACAGAGUCCGACUUGCUCUCCCUCCACUGGUUGGGCCACCAUGGUCAGCUGAGACAGACAGUCUCAGAUGACAGUAAAGAGGAUAUGUUCGGUGACCUGGAUUGGAUGGCUGAGAGAGUGGAUCUGAGCGAGUUUGACCUGGACUCUCUGAUUGGCUCCUGCAGUCCUACGGAAGAGUCCCCCAGCUAUCCAGAAGACCUCCUAGCCUCCCUGGAUUGCCCCAUGGAGCUCGACUCCCUCCCAUUGCCCACUCUGUCAACUCCUGCGCUCUCGAGUCUUCCCUCUGAUCCUCUUCCAAGUACACCUACCCCUCCCGCUGUCUGUUCAGAUCCUUCUGUCAUUACAGUUGAUGAGCAUGAAUCCUACAUUGGAGCACAGGAUGUUCCCUACCUUCCCUUGUGUGUCCCUGAGCCACAACAAGAGCUGGAAAUCAAGUCUGAGCCCACUUCCCCAGAACCCCUUUCCCCCUUGGUUGAGUCUCCCUCCUCCCCAGCCUACACCCUGGACCUGGGCAGUGAGGUGGAUGUCUCGGAGAGCGAGGUGAAGCCAGCGGUAGCUACUGUGGUCUCUCAGGUCCCGAGGCUUGUGCUCUCCCUUUCACCAACCCGCAUCGUCCUCGUGCUGGCUCCCAAAAAUGAAAUCGGGAUCACCACCACCACCGUAACCACUACAUCACAGAUCAUUCAUUCCUCCCCUCCUGCCUCCCCUCCACCAAAGUCCUCCAAAAGCAGACCAUACCCUGAGCCCACCUAUAAAGCUAGUCCACCAUCUCCCAGUCCCACCGGUGACAAAGUAAAGUCCCUCCAGGUUGCAGAUGGAGAUGUAAGGGCAACUUUGAAGGCACCAAAGGCCAAGAAACUAAAGAAGAUGCAGCAGAAUAAGACGGCCGCUACACGUUACAGGCAGAAGAAGAGAGCUGAGCAGGAUUCACUUCUUGCAGAGCAUACACUGCUGGAGAGGAAGAACAUGGAGCUGAAUGAGAAGGCUGAAUCCAUGGCCAGGGAAAUCGAGUACCUCAAAGAGCUGAUGGAGGAGGUCCGCCAGGCCAAGACUAAAAAAUGUCUUGGUGCAGACCCCUAGUGGUUGGACCUAACAACAAUGACAGACGAUGUGUGUAAUCAGAAAUGACAAUUGAGAAAGCGAGCUCAGCAGAUUUUCUUUCUUUUGUGCAAACAAGUAUCCGUAAAGUAUGUGUUUUGUCCACACAGCAUGUCUUGGAUUCACAAUCCAGUAAAACUGAUGUUUUUUCAGAAUUCCAUUUUAAAAUAUCAAACACUGGUAUUAAAUAUAGAAUAAUUUAGUCACGUUUAGAGUAGUUAUAUGGAAACAAGUAUUUUCCACACUGUAUGAAAUGUGUUGUUAUAAUGUAUGUGCCCUAUCUCUGGGCCUCAGUAACCUGCCAGUAAGAUGUAUUACAAAAAUUGUGUAUUUAUAGUAUAACCGGACCAUCUGUAUUAUGAAUCUCUUAAUAAAGAGUCUUAAAACUAA